AUGGAUCCCCUCUCCAUCACGGCCGCCUGCGCCGGCAUCCUAAGCUGCAUAGGCCCUCUUGUCCUGAAGAUCCGAAGAGUCGCCGUCGGCGUGCGUGAGGCUCGCAAGGACAUGGCCUCGCUGGACCAGGAGCUGUCGUUGUUGGCAAUGCUGAUGGAAAUAUUGAAAAAUGAUUGUGAGGAUCCUGCCUUUGAAUACCCUACUCGCCUGCGCAAGAGCUUCGUCGAUGUUCUGGGCCAUUGCGCCGGGGUCCUGGGGGAGAUGGCGGCCACCUUGGGGAAGUUUGCUUCGGCGAAAUUAGGGAAAAGACUCGAGUGGGAGGCGCAGGGACGGGACAAUAUAAGGAAAUUGAAAGAAAGGUUGAAUACUUAUUCAGAUCUUAUUGGAAAACAUCUCGAGUUCCUUGCGCUACUCCAGAGUCGAGAGGUCAAGUAUGACUUGUCUCAUACACUACAACAGGUAGAGAUGCUGGGAAACGACGUCGGAUUCAUCCGGCGCAAUACAGCGCAUCUUCCCCAAAUGCAACACGAUCUGGCACGGCUAUCGUCACAACUUCCACUCUUCGCUGAGAUGCUGAGAUCACAAGCUUCGCGUAUUGGGACCACGAGAGAGGAGAUUGAGGAUAACAUCAUACUUCGAAGAUUCAUCGAAGACACCUGUUCCUAUGCCGAGACUGUCUUCGAUGACCUCACAUCGAGAGCUAGUUUGACGCCCGUGCCCAGUGAGAGGCAGGUCUCACAGCCGCGAGGAAUGGAUGCGUUUCAAGACCGUAGCAACUCGCAUCCCAGACCGCCACAAAUGGAUGUAGAUGUCCUAUCAGUGUUGCCGGAAGACGAUGCACAAGCAUGGGCCACCUUCGCAACUUAUGGUUUCGAGCACGUCCCAGUGGAAAGUUUCAGAGAUGAUUUAACACGUUUACCGGGCACUCCUCACAGUGAUCAAGACAGCAAAGAAACUGCGUCGUCUUCGUAUUCUGACGAGACACUAGACCGCAGUUCAUCGGAUAUCCAAGAAUCAGCGCUACCUUCCGCGCCAAACCGUGAUUGUUUUGUCGACGACGAAGACGACAAGCAGGUGGCCACCUCUGAGCCAGACCGAAAUCGAUCGCUCGACACGGAAGAGCCAGUAUUCAAUUCUGUAGGGCCUAUCGUCAACACCAAUGCUGAUGAUCAGGAAGACGGCGUCUCAGAACCGUCGCUCGACAAUGAACGAAUACUGACAAACUUUGAGGUGUUUUCAGACACGGGGGAUGGCUGUCGACGUGGUCGUUCUCCAACGCCACGACCGCUUCCCCUUCCCACGAUUGGGAAUUACGAAAGGGAAAAUGUGGCUCCAGCAUCAGACACUCCCACCACACCUCCUUCCCCGAAGAACUUUGCGCUGCCAGGAACUGCCCCUGAUCCAAGUAGACUUCUCAUAGCCGGCAGCUCAGCGAGGGUCAUUGCCUCAGAACCCCAGCCACUACAGUACGUAGCCAAACCACUUGUACAGCAAUUGAAACGGCGCCCGACUCCUGCCAGACAGGACUUAGUCUAUGACCCCAAUUCAAGGCGCUUUAUCACCAAGGCACAGGCUGACCUCCUGGAGACGCCACCGAUACCAAGCACGCAUAUUGACGUGAAGCAAACCCCCAAACAAAAAGUGACGGGAAAGCCCACGACGGCAAGAGCACACCGGCCCAAAAGCAUUAAUCCUCCUAUCACUUACCGCACUGAAUAUGAUAUCUCCCCUUCUUUUUCUUCGACGAAACUUGACCAGGUCGAGUCGAACCGCUCAAGCACCACAUCGCAUACGAGCCGUCGAUUUGGGUCUUCGAGUGACGGGCCUGGGACAUCUCGAACCCGUGCUACCAGCAUCCAGGAUAGCGAUGAUGAUUCUGAAGCGAUAAAUUCCAGAGAUUUUCGCCAAUUGCCAAGGAAGUCGUCCUUCCGCAAUUCUAGGAGAGGGUCUUUCUCAUCUUUUCGAUCCUUCAGUGGAGCUACAGUCACGCUUCGGAAAGUCCCAGUGUUUGAACUGCCUCUGCUUUCUACAGCAGAAAAGGCGAGCAUAAAGACUUUACUGAUGCACGCUCCUGUACGCAUAACAUCACCAGAUCCCAAGAAGUCGAGGAGGAGCAGUUGGCAUUGGAGGAGAGGCAGCGAUAGUAACGAGCAAAACCUGGGCAAAGCAUUGAUCUGGGCAAUCAACGACUAUGAUGUCUGGAAUCGAGGUGCCAAGACUGUACCAACAGAAAAGGUUGUGCAGUACUUGAUCGAGAUGGGCGCAGAUGUCAACACAAAGGCCGUAAGCAAUUACAGCUAUGUACCGGGAGCCAGAGGCAAAAAUCUCGUGCCUGUCCUGCAUCUUGCAACCCAUGCAGGGAUGCGCGCUGUGGUCGAGGUCCUUCUCAUCAAAGGUGCUUUUUUUGACGCGAAAGACUGGAUGCAACGGACGGCCCUCCAUCUCGCAGCGGAAAACGAUUUGUCCGACACCAUAGCUCUACUCCACAGUCGGGGAGCUGAUAUCAACGCAGAAGACCACUGGGGCCAUGACGCGCUGCGCAUUGCUGCCAUGAUGGGCAAUUUCGAGACCGUGCAGGUUUUGAUCUCCGCCGGUGCCAAUGUCCAAGCCGCGGGCUUGAUAGCAGAUGUUUCUGCGCACCAAGGCACAGCUCGAGUCUUGAGAUUCUUGCUUGAUCAAGGUUCCAACCCCAACGAUCAGGAUCGAUCGCAAAGGACAGCUGUCUAUCGAGCAGCGGAACAAACGCUGAUAGAAAACGUACGGGUACUCCUUGAUUUCGGGGCCGAUACAUCUACCGCUUUGUAUCUGGUCGAAAACCGGCACAGAUGGGAUGUUAGAGGGAGAAGGGAACGUCUUGAUGACUCGAGACUUGUUGCAAUGUUGAAGCAAAAUGGGUGA